AUGGAACUGGUGCUCAAAAAACGUCCGCCCGUGGAUUUUCCCCUGUAUAUUCGCAGCUGUAACACAAAGGUUCUUGCUGGAGUCAGAUGGGUCCAUCAGAACCUGUUCAGUAACGUCAUGGCCCUGACAGAGGAGCAGUCUGAGAAACAUUGCUGGGUGUGUUUCGCCACUGAGCGGGACGACCGUGGUGCAGAGUGGGUGAGCCCCUGCAGGUGUAAAGGCUGCACCAAAUGGAUCCACCAGUCGUGUCUGCAGCGUUGGCUGGACGAGAAACAGAAAGGAAACGGCGGCGCCGCCGUUAACUGUCCGCAGUGUGGCACCGAGUACUGCAUCAUUUUCCCCAAGAUGGGCCCGCUGGUGUACUUCCUGCAGCAGGCGGACAGAGCCCUGUCCCGUGCCAGCCCCUUCGCUGCAGUCGGAGUGGUUGUUGGGACGGUGUACUGGUCAGCAGUCACCUACGGAGCCGUGACCGUCAUGCAGGUGGUGGGGCAUAAGAAGGGUCUGUUUGUGAUGGAGCGGGCUGACCCUCUGUUUCUGCUCAUGGGCCUGCCGACCAUCCCCGUUCUGCUGGUCCUGGGGAAGAUGAUCCGCUGGGAGGAUUACUUAGUGAGGCUGUGGCUGAGAUACUCCUAUAAACACGGCCCUUCAUCAGGGGGUGGUGGUUAUCUGCCGCCCCUGCGUGCCGAGGGGCCUGGCGCUGGAGACCACCUGUCUGUGUCCAGGACUCUGUGUGGGGCGCUCAUCUUUCCCUCCAUAGCCAGUCUAGUGGGACAGCUGCUGUUCAGACGGGUUACCUCCAACCUGCAGCGCACCAUACUGGGGGGCAUUGCGUUCGUGCUGAUCAAAGGCGUACUGAAAGUGUAUUUCAAACAGCAGCAGUACAUCAUGCAGGCCAACAGACACAUCGUGAACUAUCCGGAGAGUUACUCAAACCGGCAGGGGGGCGAGGAAGAGGUCAACACAGAGGACAGCGGGAACGAGUGACCGCCUGUCCCCUUAGAGGUCAGCGGGAACAACUGACCUCCUGUCCCCUUAGAGGUCAGCGGGAACAACUGACCUCCUGUCCCCUUAGAGGUCAGCGGGAACAACUGACCUCCUGUCCCCUGGAAGAUGAGGACAGAGAGAUGCAGGGUGUGGGUCCUGGACUGAAUCAUAAUCACAGGUGAUUCUUUGUUGCCUUAAAUUCUCCAUAAUGAACUGAAGCAGUGCCUGAACAGAUCAGCUCUGACCUGAUCUGUUGUCAUGACGAUGAAAAGCUGUAGAUGAUGAACUUCUGUAGUUGUAUUAUUUUCCCUUGUUUAGAACCAGUUGAAUGACAUGUUCUAUGCAAAACGAACUAUUUUUGUUCCCCUGACCUUGUUUCCAUUGGUGCUUAUUGAACUUUGCCAAUAAAUGACGUCCUACCCUCCUUCAUUCUGAUUGGUCUGUCUGCAGAUGAGGCUCACAUGCUGUUGCCACUCUGAAGAUGAUAAACUUGAAAACAGUUCUGCAUUCUUUUACAUUGUUGCCCAUAAAUAAUUACUACCUGUUUUUUUUUUUGUUCUUGUUUUUUUUUCCCAUAUUAAGGGGGAAAAAAAGAAUACAUUUAAACCUGUCUACAGUAAAUCUGCUUUAAAUUCAAAAUACCUUUAUUUUUGAUGAUAAAACCAAUGCCUACACGGCCCUGAGGCCACAAAGGGAAAGUCAUUAGUUUUUUCCUGAUUGAAUAUAAUAUACACAAUGUUAACAUGAUCAAUGGAUUUUAUGCUGACCUCUGUUCUCCUGGUUCUCAUCAUGCCUCCACUUUUUGUGUCAUCCAUGUUUGAUCACAGAGGCAGUCAUGCAUUUGAAUGUGUUUAUUGCUGGAUUCAAAUUGCUGUAAAUGAGGAAAACAAAAAGCACUGCCUGCUAUAUUCCCACCUCAUUGUUUUUAUCCCAGAUGCUUUAAAUGCUAUUUAAUUUUUGCCAAAUAAAGAUGUUGAAGAGCU